AAUUGAAAAUGAUAAUAAUAUAAAUGAAUUUGGUAUUGAAUUUGAAAAAAAUAUAAAUGAGCAUGAUAUUGAAUUUGAAAAUGAUACUGAAGCUAGAACUGAUACUAAAGCUGGAACUGAUACUGAAGUUAGAACUGAUACUGAACCUGAAGAUGACAUUGAUAUUAUUAGUAGAUCGAAUAAUAUCUCUAAGAAUACUGAUAAUUAUCAACUUGGAUAUUUACCUCUAUUUCGUAUUAAACUCUACUGUGGAAAAACUUUUGAAACUUAG